UUUUCAGGUUCGAUUUAUGAAAUGUCUAAAACUUUUGUGGAAUGACACAAUUAAUUUUAUUUUGCUAUUUUUGAAGUUGUAGGAUUUUGAGUCUUCAAACUUUAUUUUUCAUAUCGAUUCUCACGGAUACGAGCGUUAUCCAUGCGUUUUUGAGUUAAUAAGAAAAAUCUUCACAAGAUUGCUACGGAACUCGAGUUGUAUAAGACAUUCUAUCGCAUCUUACUGGCAAAAAAGAAACUAUGAUCUUCACAAGGAAAAUCAUUUGAAUAAAACUCAUUUUUGGAGUGCAAUAAAAGUUUUUAUUAUCAGAUGGUUAUAAUGUCAACAUGAGUGUAGUAGUGCAACUACAGCUUGGCCAUACAGCCAUAGAAAAAGACAGGCCCACUAAAGAAGGUUACACACAUGAUUGGAAAGUUUUUGUCCGUGGACCUAAUGACUGUGCAAUUGAAUAUUUUAUUGAAAAAGUGGUUUUCCACUUGCAUGAUAGUUUCCCUAAGCCUAAGAGAGUUAAAAAAGAACCACCUUUCCAAGUUAGUGAAUCUGGCUAUGCUGGAUUUACUAUGCCCAUAGAUGUAUAUUUUAGAACUAAAGAGGAACCUAAAAAAGUGAGCUAUAUCUAUGACCUGUAUCUUAGAGUUGGGGAAAAAGUUAGCAAUAUUAGACUGGAAAAGCUUACCUUUCAGAAUCCUGUUGAAGAAUUCAGAAAGAAGCUUCUGCUAGGUGGUGGACAAGAGAGCUUGGGCAGUGCGGGGAACAGCGGGAGCAGCUCUUUGCAAUCACAGCCCUGUGCAUCUAACUCGCAGAAUGCAGAUGAUCAUUCCAGACAGACAAGUGUUGCUGCUAAGAAACCCAAAACUUUUUUCCCGAGCAAAGAGCAGAAACCUCCAACAGCUAGGCCAGCCUCUCCAGUUCCCACAGUUCCACCUCCACCUGCACCUAAAACUAGUCACCCCUUCACAGAAAUUUUUGGAGAUCCAAUAAUUGCCAAAAGGUCACCUGACGGGGCAUCCACCUCUAAAUCCAAGACAAGCAGUUCAUCUAGUCACUCCAAAAGUAAGAUUCCUCCUGCAAAUACAUCUUCUUCAUCUGUGAAUAAAGAAUCAAAGUCAUCUAAAGAUUCUCAUCAUUCUUCUAAAGAAGGUUCAUCUGCUAAAGAGUCCCAUCAUAAAUCCAAAGAAUCAUCUUCCAAGGAAAGCCACCAUAAAAAUAGAGAAGGAUCACAUGCUAGCAAGGACUCCUUUUCUAGCAAAGAUAUUCAUCGUUCCAACAAAGAAGCUCAAAGUGUAUCUAAGGAUUCAUCUUCUAAGCAAUCCCAUCAUCAGUCAAAGAGUGGUCAUCAUUCCUCAAAAGAAAAAAGCCACCAUAAAUCCAAAUCCUCCCAUCAUGCACCGAAAGAGCAGCAACAUAUUCAAAUUAAAACAGAGCCCGUGAGUGAAGACAAUCAUCAUCCAUUGAAAGGGCAUGUAAAAGGACCAAAGAAGUCCAAGGAAUCCCACAAAGAUUCAGCCCGUGUUCCGAAAGAGAGUUCUCAUAGUACACCAAAGGAACAUCAUCCACCCAAGGAAGUUCCAAAGCCCCCAAAAGAACCUAUUAAAGAACAUUCCCACAUUCCUCCUGAAAUUAAGAAUUCUCAUAACGUGCCAAAAGAACCCCACAGCACUCCCAAAGAAAGUGGUCACUCUGAAUCUAAAGUCACGAAGCAUCCCAAGCCCGAGAAGACCGCCAAAACGGUCAAAAGGAAUCUAGAUCCUCCUAGUGAGCAUGAGUUAUUUGAAAAGAAGAAGAAAAAGAAGGUUGAUUCCUCUGUUCCAGCAGAGAACCGGGACCAUUCCAAGGUCUUAUCUUCUAAACCCAAGAUUAAGAGCAGCAAAGAGAAAACUCCCGAACUCAAGCUCGAACCACCAGCUCCAAUUAGAAAGGAUAAAGAAAGGCCAAAACAUAGCAGUGCUCCACCAAAAGUUGAAACAAAGGAACCUCCUAAGCCCCCUUCUCCUAAAAAACAUGUUACAUCUUCGUCAUCCAGUGAUUCAGAUUCAGAUGCUGAAUCAAAGAAGAGCUCAAUACGGGCACAGUAUAGCAGUCCGCCAUCUAGUAUCUCGGAAACAUCUUUGGAUGGCAGCCAUCCUUACCCAAUGAAUUCUACCAAGGAGCCUUAUGCUUUGUCAAGUGACUCUGAGCUAUCAUUCUCUCCACCAAAUUCACCUAAACGUAAAUCAAGUAGUGAAUCCCCUGAAAAUCAUCCCAAACGUCGCAUCAGCAGUAGCAGCAGUAAUUCUCCAUCCCCUCCUCCACAAAAUAGACGCCGAUUAAUGAGUGAAUCUCCAUCACCAGAACAUCAGAGGAGCAAAUCCAGUGAUUCUCAGUCUAGUAAAUCUAGCAAAUCUCCAAGUCCUGAUAGUAGCCCAAGUUCACAGAGCAGUAAUAAACAGAGCUCAGAUUCAGAACCAGCAUCUGAUUCGGAUUCGGACCGAGAGCCUGAACCAAGAAUCGAAGUGAAGGUCAAAGAAAAACAUCAUGAGCAUAAAUCUUCAAAACAUAAAUCAGAAAAGCAUCGAUCAUUUUCUAACCACCAAUCAUUUUCCAACCACCAACCAAAUCAUCAUCACCAUCAUCAUCAUAAUAGAAUUUUGAAUAACAAUAUUAAAAAUGCGCCACAUCGUAAUAUUGGUGAUGAAAGAAAUUCUAAUGAAGAAAAUAUUCCAUUGAAUAAUCAUAAUAAUAAUAGAAUGGUUUCACACCCAGAUUUUGACAAACUUUUCCGUAUACAGGAAAAAAUUAACUCGUGUGGAGACAGAAAUAAUUUACAGAAGGUUGUUGACCUGAUAGGCAGUACAAGGAGCGAAUAUGAAUUAUCUGAAUUGACUUUCGAUUUUGACCUUCUUCGAAUGCAUCCUAGUGUUGUGGAUAAACUUGAAAGGCUGGUGGAUGCUUGGUCAUGAUAUUAGUUCUUUUUUCGAAUUAUUGUUAUGUUCUAUUUGUUUGAAAGAAUAGAUUAUGUUUAUGCAUAAUAAGUGCAAUGGGAGGGCCUUUAUUGUUAAUUUCUUAUAUAUUUCUUAAAAGCGUGCAGGUGCUAUGAAAGAAUAUGUUUAUUUGAUGUUAUUCUUUACUUAAAAUUUGGAAUGCAUUGAGCAUUUUUUUCAUUAGUCAAAUGAUUCAUUUUGCAUGAAGAAAAUUGAACUUAUUAUCAUUAUUAAGCCAUUUCUGGCAUUCUUUUCUUAUUUGAGUAUUGAUAAGAAUAUUAGAUAUUUUCUUUUCUGUUGCAUAUUAUUGGGAACAUAUAUUUAUUACAAAAAAAAUGUUUAAUAAAGGAAAUAUUCUUUAAUGUUUAAAAUUUAAAAUAUGCAAUAAUUUUUACCAAUAGGGGUACUAUUGUUGUAUUAUAUUACAAUCUAUUAAGUUUUAGUUUGUGAGACGCAAUGAUGAAGAUAAAACUUCACUGUCACAAAAAAAUAUCAAAAAUGAAAAUGUGAUUUCUUUAUUAAAUGAAAUCAGCCAUAAGAAUGAUGCAAGAUGUUUAAUAUUUUAAAAAUAUGCAUUUAAGUCUUGUUUGUUACAUUAAAUUUUGAUACUGUGCUGAAGAAAAGGUAUAAUUUUCAAUGGAGUGAGAUAUUUUACAUUAGCUUUUGAUAUUCAUGUUGAUUAAAUAUUCUUCAAAGUUAAGUAAAAAAUAAAUAGAAGUUUUUCAUAAUUAGCUUUGAAUAAUUUUCAUGGUAUUUAAGGAUUCAACCGAAACAGGUUUUUAACUUGCUAUUUUCGUGCCUUAUGAAUUUGCAAAAUUGUUAAAAUUUGGACUGGAAUCUGAAAAGAGGGAAUAAUGAAUAAUUAACAUUGUAAUGGUAAAAAGAUAUGUUUGAAAAUAAAAUUAAUAUCAUUAAAAUGCAAAUUUGUUUGGAUUCCUUAUUUUAUAUUUGUCCAUUAAUGUGUUAAAAAAAAAUCUGCAAAACUUUUUUUUCUUUUUCAGAAAAUAUAAAAGAUAUUUGAUAAUCAUAUUUUUGUUUCAUCUUGUUCAUGGUUAUUAUCUAAAUUUCAUAUCAGUUUACAAACUGGUAUAUGGUAAAUAAUCAUGGCAAUAUAAAUAUCUGUUUUAUAAAAGAUAUUCAAAAUAAAAAUUUCAUUUACUGCAUAAUAUACAUACUAUUGUUAAAUUUUCAUUUAUCUUGCAUAUUAAUAAAAAUAUUAAAAUAAUGUUUCAGUUUCUUUAAGCUUUGUUUCUCUGUAAUAGUAAAUAGAAAGUCAUUUGCAGUUCUAUUAUAUUUGCAGGAUAGUUGUUUUUUUAAAUAGAUUCAACAAGAUUUUUUUUUUAUUUUAUUAACUUUAAUUGUUUGAAUAUUGGUUAAAAAUAUGUAAAGUCUUUUGUUUAAAAAUUGGAUUAAAAAAAAUUCAUUAUAUUUAAAAUCUGUUUCCGGCAGAGGUUUUCGUAAUAGAAUAUGUUGAGGCUUUAAAACUUGGAAUUCGUGAUGCAAUUGUAUGGAGUGUUACAUUUAUUCGGGCACUUACAAAAUCAUUGUGAGCUUAUCACAAAUUCAUCAUAUUUUCCAGCAAUUUCUAGUUUUCCAGUAUUUGCUUGAACGGAAAUGAUAAAUCAGCUAAUGAAAAAUAUUUUGUUUAUUAAUGAACUAUUUAAGUAAUUAUCUCUUUGUAACUUAUUUUAUUAUAAAGCUCGAUUUUAAUUUUAUUUUACUUGAACAUCCUAAAGUACUAAUUUUUAUAAAAAUAAACUCAUGUACCAUUGUGAUGCCUUAAUUCUUUCUAUACUAGUUGUUGCUUUUUGAUGAUAUACUUUUCUUAAUGAUACCUACUUAGCUUAACUGCAAUUCUUUACUAUAACUGGAAUUUCAUACUCAAUAAUGUAAUUGCUGGAUUUUUCAGAUUUCAAAAUUGUGUAACUCUUUUUCAUAACAAUAUCUUUAAAACAAGUAAGGUCUUCAUAUCAAAAAUUUUAUGAAUUUACCUAAAAAGAAUUAAAGCAUUAAUUAAUGAAUUAUAAAGAGUUUUGAUUUAAUAUUUUAAUUUCAGUUAAAUUUUAUAAAACCUUGUAAAUCAAAGUAAUUUUUUUAAAUUCUUAAUAUGAUAAUGAAAUAUGAGAUUCUGUUAAAUUUGACUAUUCCAUUCAGAGUAGUCACUCAGUAGUUUUAGAAUACAGGAUAUAGAACAUGUAAACAAAUUUAUUUUGUGUGCUUUUCUGGAUACCUGUUUUUUGAACUCAUUUUUUUAAAUUUCAAGUUUAUAUAUUAGCCAUUUUAUAUAGUUGCCAUAGUAACAAAUGGUAUUUUUAAAAUGAAAAUUGCUGUAUUCCUUUUGGGCAUGCUUACAUAUAAAUUAUGUUACCUUUGUUCUGACUGAAAAUGCUGUAAUUUCCAAUGGUUUCAGGUUGGCUGAAAUUUGUGUUAAAAUUUAUUUAUUGUUAUUAAUCUGUAAGUUUGUAGUACUAAUGUAAAAAAAAGCUUUUGGCAAAUUAUAAUUUUUUUUCUUAAAAUUGGUAAACUAAAUAUUUUAAUUUGCAACUUUAAUAUCCUACAUGUGGGUAUAAAAAUUGAACUCAUUGUGCUGCAAGAUCAGUGCCAUUCUUUUAUCAUGUUUUAUUUUGAUUGUCAUUUUUUUCAUCGCAUGUAUUAAUUUGGGAUUUCCAUUGUGCAUCUAAAAUUAUAUUUGUCUGUUAGAUUUCUAGAAACUUUAUUUUGAAUCAUUUUGUUUAUCAUUUUUGUAUAUUUGUUUUAUCAAUUUUUUUUUCAUUUGUUAUUAAAUAGCUGCUAGGUUAUCAUUCGGUUUAUUUAUUGGUUCUACUUCAACAACUUUAUUUGUUUUUUCCUUAGAUACUUAUAUUUGUAAAUUCAAAUUAUUUCUGCGUGAUUUUUUAGCUGGAUGUCUGCCUCCAAUUCUAAAAAUGAUUCAAAUGAAUAUAGUGUUAUAAGUACUAAAAUAGAAAAUAUCUGACUUAUGAGGAAAUUUUAUAUGAAAUUCAUUUAUUAAUUAUGUACAAGUGCAUUAAAAUCGAUACAGUUGAAUUAUUUAUGUCAAAAUUGAGAGAAGAUCUGCAAAUGCAUAUGCAUUCUAUUUUCUGUUGAGAUAAAAGGUUGAAUUUCGUAAUGUUUAAUUAAUGACAAUUCAACUUGACUGCUUCAUACAAGAGUUACAAUUAAACAUAGCACUAAUGAAUGACAUCAACUUCUUUCUAUUCUUUGAUGCUCUCUUGAUAGUUUCAUGAAAUUUAAUUAUCAAGUUCUAUUUUAAACAUAGAUUUAUUUAACAUAAAAAUUAUAAUAGGGAUUUAAAACUUAAAUUUUGUUUAAAUAUAUCAGUUAUUUUUAAAGAUUGUAAUUCAAGACUAUUUAAACAGCCUUAUUGUGCUUCUUCAAAAUGUUGUGUAUAAAAAACAUUAAAAAAAAUAAAUGAAAUUUUGAUGUAAUGCUGGAAUUAUUAAUAAAAUUAGCAUUUGAGGACAACGAAUGACAAUUUAUGAGCAGUUUUGCACCUAUCAAAUGACCCAAUUUGGCAGCAGCAAUAAAAAGUUUUAAAUAUGAUUUCUUGAUACAUUAGUCAUGAUACAGUUUCUCUAUAGUUAUAGUUACAGAGAAAAUGUGAAAACUAUUGAUUAAAAAAAAAAAAAAGUUAUAAGCUGAAUUGUUUGAUCAAGUUUUAAUUCAAUUUAAUUAAUAUUUUAACAUAACUUUAGUAUGACUAUAUGGUUUAAUUAUAUUUAAAAAUCCCUAUUAUAAUUUUUUUUUAAUGCUAAGGUUAAAAGAGAUUACUUAUGCUUGCUUUGCCAGCUUUUAUCGUAGUUUUUGCAUUUUACUACAGAAAAAAUUUCGGAACUAUUUAAAAAUGGAUGGUGCAACACUAAUAAGCAGAUAAUAAUAAAUAAUUCAACUGGGAAGAAAUCAAAUUCUUUAAGUGCAUUUUAAGUUAAACAAAACUUAUAAAUAUGAAUCUCAUCGUAAGAAGUUUCAGACUGAUGCGUGACACUAAAAGUACAAUAAUGAAGUUAUUGUUAAACUUGUCUUUUUAAGUAUCUCUUGUAGUGGCUUAAAUAUAAGUUAUAAAGGAGCAAUUAGAUUUUUUAAUAUUUACCAAAUUUGUACUUCUAAAUUCAACUGUCUGUGAGAAGUUCUUUUUUCAUAUUAAGUCACUAUCGACACUCCACCUUGUUGUAAAUAUAUUGUAUUUCGAUUUUGUUUAUAUAUGAAAAACGGUGUUCAGACAUUGUACGAAAUUUCAUGACCAAUGUGUUUUGUAUGUUGUGAAAAUAAAUUUGUACAAAUCAA